AUGACUAAACCAGAAUUUGACCAAAGAAUUAAACCAGUCUCAUUAAAAGAUACAAACUUAUUCAAACCAAUCAGUUUACCAAAUAAUAUCACUUUAUCUCAUAGAUUAACUUUAGCUCCAUUAACAAGAAUCAAAGGUGAUCCUAAAACUCUUGUUCCAAAUGUUGAAUUAGCUUCUCAAUAUUAUGAUCAAAGAUCAAAACGUAUAGGUACUUUAAUCUUAACAGAAGGUAUAUUCUACUCCAAAGAAUGUGGUGGGUUUUAUGAUGGUAUUUCAGGAAUUUGGAACCAAGAUCAAAUUGAAGCAUGGUCCAAAAUUUUUGAAAAAAUUCAUUCAAAUGGUUCUUUUGUUAUUGCUCAAUUGUUUCAUUUAGGUAGACAAGCUUUACCAGAAUAUGUUGCUAAGAAUGGUCUUACUUAUAGAGCACCAUCUACUGGGGUUUAUAUCAAUGAUGGAUCUGCACCUUUUGAAGAACAAGCUAAAGAGUUUAAUACUCCAUUAACAGGUUUCACUACUGAAGAAGUUGAACAAGAAAUUAAAAAUUUCGUUCAAGGUGGUAUUAACAGUAUUAAAGCUGGUGCAGAUGGUGUUCAAGUUCAUGCUGCAAAUGGUUAUUUAUUAAACCAAUUCUUAGACCCAGAAUCUAAUAGAAGAGAUGAUAAAUAUGGUGGUUCAAUUGAAAAUAGAUCAAGAUUCAUUUUAGAAAUUGUUGAUCAAUUAACUACAGCUAUUGGAGCUGAUAAAAUUUCAGUUAGAUUAUCACCAUGGUCUAAAUUUGGUGGAUUCCAAGGUGCUCAAGAUGAUCCAACUUUAUUAGCCCAAUAUGCACAUUUAGUUGGAGAAUUAGAAAAAAGAAGAAAAUCAGGUUCAAAUUUCCAAUUUAUUGAUCUUGUUGAACCAAGAGUUGAUGGUGCUGAUGAUAAAUCAUCCAAAGAAUUUCUUAAAAGUGGUUCAAAUAAAUUUAUUUAUGAUAUUUGGGGUGGUUUAAUUGUUAGAGCUGGUAAUUAUAUUGGUAAUAUUGAGGCUUUAACAAAAGAUGUUAAUGAUGAUAAUAGAACUUUAAUUUCAUCUGGAAGAUAUUUCAUUGCUAACCCUGAUUUACCUGAUAGAUUAGAAAAUGGAUGGCCUUUGAAUAAAUAUGAUCGUUCAAGUUUUUAUGUUAAUGGUACUGGUGAAGGUUAUAUUGAUUAUCCAGUUUAUAAAUCGGAAUAG